UUUAUCCACGUGUGGCUUUAAUUUUUCGCGCUAAACAUUGAUUAGGAACUUAAUGACAGAGAUUUUAUCCAUCGUUUGCACGUUCAGCUUUAGUCUCUUUGCAAACUUGCUUCAGAUCAUAGUUAAAACAAGUUCAGACUGUUCUAAUCUAGCAUAGUUGAUGUCUAGGGUUGAACAGGUAUCUGUCAUGUCAUAUUCUAAAUGUUGAGCUUUCGUGUUUUGUAGUGCUUUAUUUUUAGUUCUUUAGUUUUCGCUUUUCGUUUUCAUAAAUCUUCCAUAAUUUUGCCUUUUGUGCCAUUUUCCUUGGAAAUGAUUCCAGUUUAUAUGGAUACCUUGAAUCUUAUGAUAGUUAAACAGCUGUUUUGGUAAUACUUCAAGAUUAAUUACCAAGCAAUUUUGGCAAAUUUAUUAUCAAAAUAUACCAUGGACUUCCAGCUUUGUAGCGUGUACACAUCAGUGGCAAAACCUGCAGCAGGAAAGGUUAUUUAUCUUGGAUUUUUAUUCAUUGGAACAUUACUUUCUUUGUUGGCAUUUUUUCCUGGUGUGCGCAGCUUCUUCGUACGUCAUUCCCAGUUCUGCGACAGAAAUUUGAACUUUGAAAAAUGUGACGUGCUGGUUGGACAUGUGUUGCUUUACCGUGUCUACAUUGGGAUGAUUAUAUUUUUCUUCCUAAUAUCAGUAAUAAACUGCCAAAUGUCAAUCUUCUCAUCAUCUGCAAGUGUCAUCGAGAAUGGUCUGUGGUUUUUGAAGUGGAAUCUCUUUUGUUUCUUUGUUUUGAUAUCAUUGUUAAUCCCAGAGGGAAGAAUUUGCCAUACAUUAAUGCAUAUUGGAUGGAUUGCAGCCAUCAUUGUCAUAUUCAUGGAAUUAAUUCUACUAAUUGAUUUUGCAAAAUAUCUCAAUAGUUACUGGAUUGAAAAGAUUGAGACAUCUUUGAACUCCAAGUUAUGGCACUUUUUGCUAAUUUUAAUAACUUCACUCUUAUACACGCUAUUUAUUGCUUUUACUAUAUAUUUUUAUGUUAUAUACAGUACAACAAAAGGCUGUCAUUCCCAUUCAGUAUUCAUAGCCGUCAUUGUUUUCUUAUGUCUUGGGGCAUCACUUCUUUCAUUCCACCCAAAAGUUCGAGAAGCUGGUUUGUUGCAAGCUGGAAUGGUUGCCACAUAUACCAUGUAUUUAACCUGGUCUGCGCUCUCGCACAGUUCUGAUAAAAAAUGCAAUCCUACCUACCUGACAUCCAAUUGGAAUGACACCAAAGAUGAUUACUUGUUCUCCCUCAAGCCAAUAAUGAUAAUAGAUAUAACGAUAUUAUUCGGCAUUUUGUUUUAUGGGAUUUAUCGGGUAAAGAACUUGAAUGAGUUUCUUAAUAACUUGCAUCUAAUAAACUGUUGUAGUCAGUCUGACGAAGAUGACACUGAUGAACCUAUUGAAUCAAAUGAGCAAGCUAUUCUCUCGUCAAGUUAUCUCUCCUAUUACAUAUGUAUACUGCUUGCAAUACUCUAUAUAUUAAUGGUAGUUAGCAAUUACUAUACACCAGAGGGAAUUCUGGGUACAAAUAAGGUACUGUUGGAGACAAAGGAUGGUAUGAUGGAUGUUAAUGAGUACACUAAAGAGUUUAGCAUGUUGACGGCAAUGUCAAUCAAGAUGACUAUGUCAUUUGUGUUUGUACUGAUGUUCAUGUGGACAGCUGUAGCCUCUCUGUUAUCCGCAUAAUAAUCUAAUAUGUUUAGAAUUUUUAUAAUGCAAUUUGUCUACUGUAACAUUUAUGAAUUCUGUUGAUUUAUUUAAAUGUAAAUUCCUCAAAA